AUGGCAGACUGGACGGCAGCGUUGAGCCUGGCUCGGUUCCGCUCGGCCGUCUAUGCCGUGUCAACUCGGCAGUGGGGGCAGGGAGAGGGCAGGGAGAGGCCGGAUGCAGCAGCAGCGGGCCAGCAGAAGCAGCCAGCAGUAGUGGCAGCGGACCAGCAGCAGCAGCAGCAGCAGAAGACCAGCAGAAGACCAGCAGCAGACCAGCAGCAGCGAAAACAAGGAGCGGCCGCAGAACAGGCCAAGAGCGACCGCAAGCAGGACGGACUGUGCAGGCCGAGCUCGGCCAGGCAGGAGGCCAGAAGGCCAGGAGGCCAGGAGGCCAGGAACCAGGAGGCCAGGAACCAGGAAGCCAUACGGCAGGCUAGGAAGGCAGCUAGACGCACAUUUGCGGCUCAAAUACCGCUCUACGCGCCCUGCGUCAGCGGCCGCCCACGCAACGAGGCCAGCCGGCCCGUACCGUCGAGCUAG